AGAACAUGUUGUUCUUUGGAAUAUUAUCCAUUCUUCUAGCAGUUGCCUUUGCUAAAGAUACCUGCUACACUGAUGUAGGUACAGCUUGUAGCUCCCUACCAAAAACAGAAUCGAUGUUAAAUUGUAAUGCAAAGUAUGGAUAUACUAAAAAGCAUCCUUUAGUUGAUCUUCAAUCAUAUGCAAAUGCUAAUAUUGGAAUCAGCUUUGAAUUUCUACUAAUGUCUAGUUAUUUUGGAAAUUAUGAAGAUCAACGUGAAGGAUUUAAAAAAUUAUAUCGUAAAUUUUCUGAUGAAAUGUGGGAGGAUGCAAUUAACACGAUCAAAUAUAUCACCAAACGAGGUGGCACAAUGGACUUCAAUCAAUCGCCACACUUUGUGAAACCUACAAAUGUAUUCGAGUUGAAUGAACUUAACAGUUUAGCCAAAGCACUUGAUAGACAAAAACAGCUUGCAAAUGAAGCUCUGCGUAUACAUUCUACAUUUACACAAAUUAAUAAGGAAGAUGAUGCUGCUCUUGCUCAUUACAUUGAAGAAAAAUUCUUAGAACCACAAGCUGAUCGUGUUCGAGAUUUAGCAGGUUAUACAAGUGAUUUGAAGAACUUGUUAACUGACGGUGAUCCAUCUGUAGCUAUAUUUUUGUUUGAUGAAUAUCUUAAGAAAAGUUUGUAACUUGUUUACAACUGAAAUUGAAAGAACAUAAAUCAGAAUUUUGUAUCUACUAUUAUUUUAAAAAUUCCCUAUAUGAAGAAGUUUUAUUCAUAACAAAACAUCAUUUUUCAGUUAUGCAGAAUUCUAUAUUUAGAAUUAAUAAGUAUAUAUAUUAUUUUUUAAUACAUUUCAUCUAAUAAAGUGUAUACUUCAUGAAUUGUAUUUUUAAUUAUUACAUUAAUUAUAUUUUACGUUGAUUAGUAUGAAACAAUAGUAGGCAAAAAGUCAUUGAAAGUAAGUUAUAAUUAGAAGAUACGGGUAAGAAAAAAAAAUGAAUUUUAUUAAAUAUAGAAAUAAGAAAGAACGUAACUUUUUUUCGACAUUAAUACAAUUUUAAUUAAUUCCAAAAUUAAAGUUUGAUUUUAUAAUAAAGAAAUUCUAUGCUUAAUCAUUUUGUAAAAAAAUAUCUAAUGAUAAACAAAUUAUUUUUUUUUUAUGAACUUACUGUAUAUAUAACAUUUAAUUAUGUUUAACACAUGUUUGUACAUAUUUUUAAUAUGCAUAUAAUAUUGGAAUAAUUUAUCAUUUUAAUAGAAGGCUAAUUUGCUCAGUAGUAUCCUUAUUAUGAUAUAUUUAAUUCAUCUAUCAUAAAAUGAAGGCAUAUUAUAUUAUAAAUGUUAUUCUAAUUGUAAGUAUAACAUAUUCUCAUUCUUAUACAAAAAAUUAUAUUUUUCUUAACUAAAUUUCAAUUAAAAUCAAAAUAGAUUUAUUUGCUAUAGUUUAAAACACAAAAUCGAAGGAAACAAAUAACGUGUUUAACAUAUCAAAUACUUCUAUUACUAUUUGUUUUUAACAAGUAAUUAAUUACAAGUAAAUAUAGUAAUAUUUUUCUCAGAUAUAAAAAUCUACAUCGAUAGGAACGAUGAUAAAAAAAUUUUACAGAAUAUAAAAUAUUUAGUUACGUACGAAAAUAAAAAAUAGAAAAAUGAAAUAUUUUCUUACGUAAUAUUUGUAAGUUCGUAAAUUUAAUUAAUAGUUUCUAAUGUUUUUUUUUUAGUUUUCUAUCCUAUUAC